GGCACUACUGGCAAUACUGGCAUAUCGGAUGCGGAACACGGGCGUAGAAUGAAAACAAAAGUGUCAAACAAUUGUCAAAAAUAUAUGCAUAUAGAUUAGUCGUUCUGACCGGGACCGUGAUAAUAUAAUUUAAGCGUAACAUGGCCGAGAAUGAAUUUGUUUCAGACAGUGACGAAUGUCUCGUUGCCGAGGCCAUUAAUUUAAAUAUUGAGGAGUUAGAUAACGCGGAAUAUGCUAUACCAAUUGUGGAAGAAUUACCCACCUUGGAGAGUAUACUAAUGGAACCCGAUUAUGAGUCGCUAUCGGAAACGGAGGACGACAUCGGCGUACCAUUGGGUGAGAAACUGGGCAGCAGUGAGACAACCAGCAUCGGAAGUCACUUGUCGCUGAAUUCGUUAAAUAAAUCCUCUAAGACCGCCCAGAGACCGUCCUCGGGUGUUAUCUUAAGGCAUGUCAUACUCAAAGGAAUAACAUCACAAAUUGUAUCAGCCAAUGAGAGAGUCAACGCUGGUCUGGCUAGUGCAGUUGCAGCUGGAGGAAACAUGCUGGUAAUUGGUACUAGCCAUGGUUUAAUACUGGGCUUUGAUUCUUCACAAACGUUGCGAUGGUGCGAUCAAGAAGCGAGGCACCAAGGUUCUGUUUCUGCCCUUUGCUUCAAUCACGAUGGUAGCAGGAUAUUGGCUGGUUUUGUUAGGGGACAUAUCUUGAUGUUGGAUAGUAGUAAUGGGAAAGUUUUAAGGAUUCUCACUGAUGUACAUCCACUUGACACUGCUGUCUUACACGUUAAGUUUACAGAUUCGCCCAAAAUAGCCUUGUGCAGUGACAGCGGUGGCUCGGUUUUCGAACUGAAUUUCACUAGAGUAAUGGGCGUCCGAGGUUGCGACAGUAGAUGCCUAUUUAGCGGCUCCAAAGGAGAAGUGUGCACUUUGGAGCCGUUGCUAUUGAAUCAUUUACCGUCUCAUCCACUGAAAAAUUAUACUUUAGUAGCAAUGGCAACGUUAUCGAAGGUAAUUGUUGUUUGCAUAAGACCGCGAAUGCGUGUUGUAUUGAGUCAUCCGUUGACUGGUGCCGCGAUAGCACCACCACAACUGUCUUGGCAACUGGUUGUUAUUCAAACAGCUGAUGGUUCCCGUGUGAUCGAUCCAGUACUGGCGCUCGCGAGGGAUAACGUGGUGUAUUUUUAUCAAGUGUACACCGAAAUUGGUACGCGGAUAAAAUUGUCUCCUCUCCGAAGGAUGACGUUACCGUACAUGAUAAGCAAUUUGAGGUGGCUAAAUCCAAGAUCUCUUGUGGUACUGGACGCUCACGAGAAGUUGCAUUUAUUAGAUGUAAGAGCACAGGAUAAUUUGGAGACGUUAGAUAUGAGUCGCGUUGGUAUUUCUUAUGCCUCUAGUCAUUUUAAGGGAUUGUCUACCGGCGGAAAUGUUUCGAAGGCGAUGGCGUUAGCCGGUGAACGAGCGUGUUAUAACACUGUUGUAGUCUUUGGCACGCAGCUGUUGUUAUUAGGUACAAAGAGUUUACAUGUGAUAUGUAUGAGAACGUGGACUGAGAGAUUGCAACAUCUGAUCAUGCAGAAACGUUACCCCGAAGCGUUGGCAUUGGGCCUUUCUUUUUAUCAAGAUAAAGGCAAGGCGGUUAUCGGCUUGCGAGGUUCUAAGCAGCGUCGCAAGCAAGUAGCGCGCGAUAAGGUUUGUGAAGUAUUGGUGCAGUAUAUGGACGAGUUAAAUCAGUGUUUAGUAGACGAAAAUAUAGACUAUGAUAUGAUAGUACUCACCUGCGUCGAUUACUGCAUUCAACUGGAGAAUAUAGAUCUGCUGUUCGGAAAGUUGUGGGACAUAGUCUUCGAGUCAGAGGGGUUGAAAACUAGUUACUUGCACGCCCUCGAAGCUCCUCUGCUAGACGGAAAUCUUCAACCGAGACUGCCACCAUUGAUCGCCCAGCAAUUGGUCACUUUUUACGAUCAACAAGACAAAGUAGAUUCGCUGGAAGCGAUCGUGGUUCUCCUCAAUGUAGAUUGCUUAGAUAUUCAUCAAGUAACUACAAUCUGUCGUCAACGGGGACUUUGGGAGGCUCUGAUUUAUCUGCAGACAACAGCAUUAGGCGAUUUCACAGCGCCUAUUCAUCAAUUGGUACCGGUACUUCAGAAUUUAUUACAGGACCCAACAGCCGCUCUUUCCCGCGACUGUAUAAAACUUGGCAACGCCAUUCUAGUUUACACUAGCUGCUGCCUCGCCGGUCGCGGGUUUCCCAAGGACGAGCUUCCCGAGGGCAUGCCGCAGAAGGCGAAAGCGGAUAUAUUAAGAGCCCUGUUGUCCCAGCAUUCCAGUUUGGCGAAUGAUAUGGAAAGGCAGUAUCCAUACUUGAGAACGUUACUGCAAUUUGACGCAAAGGGCUUCCUCGAUGUUAUAGCCAUCGCCUUUCAGGAGCCAGAAUUUACCUCCGAAAUGGGCUUGCGACACCGACAGAGGCUCAUAGACAUCUUGUUAAGCAUUGUUAUGCCGAAUACGCCACUCACUCCAAAAAAUAUCGAUUACAUCACGACGGAGCAGCAGUUUAUGGUUCUCAUAUUCGUCGCAAACGAAGUGUCGGAAAGCACUGUUACGUUGGAGUCUAGUACGUUGAAUAAAAUGAUAGAUAUAUUGUGCAUUGACGCGCAUGUAGAAUUGUCGAAAGACUUUAAGACUGAGAGGGAAAACGCCGUGUUGAGAUUGCUGCAUUCUAAAAAGCUGUGCAAUAUUUCUGAUAAUACUUUGUUAAAUUUAGCAAAUAGAGCGAAUUUCAUAAGAGUAGCGGAAUUACUGUACAGUGCGCGAGAAGAUUGGGUGGCGGUAUGUAAAUGCAUGAUCUUGGAGCCAUCGAGGCAUCACGACGUAUGGCCCUGGCUCGAGCAUCUGCCGGCCGCUUCGUUAGACCAAAUGAUAUCAAUUCACACUUCGACUCUCGUGACGAUCAAUGCCAAUCAGUUCGCCACGAUUGUUGCAACGCGAUUGCAAAACAAGAUCGAUGCAAUAUUGCAGAGUUUUACUGAUAAUUUAAGCUUGGAAUACAAGCUAUUAGGAGCAUUGUAUCAAGUCGCGCAGUACAAGGAGGAGGAUGUUUCUCUAGAAUUAACAACUGAACAUUUGGAGCGGUACCUAGCGUUAAUGUGCGAGUUGGAGCCGGCACACGUGGUUGCUCACUUGCAUGGGCCACAUGGGUGCAGAUUGGAUGAGGCGUUAAAGAUCGUCCAGAGAUGGAGAUGUAAAGAUGCGGAGGCGGUGAUGCUGGAGAAGCUUGGUAAUUACCAGGACGCAUUCGAUCUUCUGCUGAGAGAAUUUGAGGACCGGCUGGAAAUGUAUCGGCAGGAUAAGGCCUCGGAAAGCGAAACUGUGCACGCUGCCAUUCAGCUCGCGGGGAUAUGCCGCAGAUCAGCGGGGAAUCUCGACUGGAUGCCUCUUAUAGAAGUGAUGUUCCGAUCGCAUUCGGAGAACAACAGGCAGAAGGCGGACGUAUUGAACGGUAAAUUAUUGAGAUUGAUUUUAGAAUCUCUGAGCGGUACAUCGAUACUGUCGAACAUAUUGGAGCAGAUUCUGAGAAAUCCAUCGGCGACGAGCGGAACGAUGGGCGACAUACGACAAUUACUAUCCGGAGUCCUUACACAGUCGCGAUACGAGCAAACCCUAGUCGAAACUACCGCGCGAUUAGUGAGCUUGGAGCUUCACAAGGCUCUGGAAAAAUCCUUGAGAGACGCCGGUAGAGCAUGCGGGAACGUUUCCAUAACUUGUCCCGUGUGCAGGCAGCCGUUGUCGCACUGUUCCGAUCACGUAGUGAUGUUUGGAUGCGGUCACGGAUACCAUUCGAUGUGUCUGGGCGAGCCUAAAUCGUGUUACAAGUGCUUGAACACGAAAGGAUGGGCGCCCGUCGCUACCAACAUCGCGCACACUGUGCCGCAGCCACCGCCGAGAAAAAAACAGCUUCUUCCGCCAGAAUUUUUACGUCACAAAGACCUCGCGCUACGACUGGCACCGUCCUGCUCUAUCCCCGACCUCGAGGGCAUCUUUUAAAUCUAGUCUUCGACUAUUCGAGAACGAUAAUCGCGUUCGUCAGUGGUAUGUAGUAUCUUUUAAGAUACCAAAACGAACGUGUACGAUGUACAUAUUACGAACAAUCUGUAUGUUGUGUAAGUACUGACAAAAAAAGAUUUACGUUCCAUUCCUUGAGAUUUGAUUUUUGUUCAAUGCGCGUUGAUGUUUGUGACACGUUGCCAAAUACAAGUUAUUACUGAAA